AUGAUAAAGUCUAAAGAUGAGUCUAUUUACGACAAUAAAAUAAAAUUUUUUGAUGAUGAAACAAUAGAGGAAAAGUAUAAUGGAAAGCUAAUUAAAAAAGAGCCUAAAGCAUUUACGCUGAAAGAUUAUGAAGUUGGUCAAUUAAUUAGUAAAGGUGCGGAGCGGGCCUUCAACGAAGAGGCCAGUGAUGCUGAAAGAUUUGAUUCCUUAAACGAACUCUCAUAUGCUGAAGAGCAAGCGAAAUUAAAGGAAACCAUACGAAAGCAAGCGCAGAGUUUUACUGAAGAUACUUGUGAAGAUCUUUUUGAGAUCAAAAAGAAAACCAAAGAAGAAGAAGAAAAAGAUACUGAAGACUAUCUUGCUUGGCUGAAAGAUCAGAAAACUUUAGAAAAUUCACGUGCUGUGUCCGAGUUGAUAACUCUGAAACGCUAUUGGCAGGAUCCAAAUUUGGAUGAAAAUGAAAAGUUUUUGAGAGAUUAUGUAUUAAAUAAAGGCUGGAUCGAUACUACUAAUACUUUAAAGCACGACGAACUUUUAGAGGAGUUUGAAAAAGAUGAAGAAUGGUUAGAAAAAACGGACGACUUUGAACGGAAACACAACUUUCGCUUUGAAGAGGACAAUUCCGCUGAACUUGUGCAUUUUGGACGGUCUAUCCCCGAUUCUGUAAGAAAAGAGAACAAAAAGGAAAAGAGAAAACUCGUAAGACAACAAAGAAAAGAAAGAAAAGCUGCUAAAAAACGCGAAAAACAAGAAGAACUUAAAAGACUGAAAGCGUUGAAACGGCAAGAAAUUAUAGAAAAACUAAAAGAAAUACAAGAAAUAACGGGAGUUUCUAAAGAGGGUCUGGAAAAACUAAAUGUAAGCGAUGAUGAAUGGAACGAAGAAGAACACGAAAAAGCGAUGUCACUUGUAUUUGAUGAAAACUUUUAUGAAGCCGUAGAAGAAACCAAACCUGUCGUAGAAGAUGAGGAACUUCAAUACUUAAAUGAAGUCGAAGCUGAAGAAAACACUUCUCCAAACAUUUUACAAGAAAAUGUUAAGAAAAAGACUGUAAGGAAAAAAAAUACUGAUGAUGAUUUUAGUUAUAAAAAUAGUGAAUACUAUGAAGGCGAUGAUUAUGAUUUUAAUAUGGAUGCGGACUUUAUAGAGACGGAUGCUGGCAACCAUGAGAAACAAAGUCAAGACUUUUCAGAAGCAACAAAUCACAAAAGAAGCAGGAAAGACCAACAAAAAUUUUCUACUCUUCUAAAGAAAGUCGCUGUUUCUAAACAUGUAAAAGUUGACGAAAUUCUUGAUGACUAUUACGCUUUGGAUUUCGAAGAUUUGAUUGACGAUUUACCCGUAAGAUUUCGAUACAGAAAAGUUAUACCUAAUGAUUUUGGAUUGACUCCUGAGGAAAUAUUGUUUGCUGAUGAUUCAGAGUUGAAUCGUUGGGUUUCUCUAAAAAAAAUGACUAAAUACCGAAGCGAGCAAGACGAGCUCUAUGAUAAAAAAAAAUAUCGUAAAUUAUCCCAACGGAAUAAACAAAAAAUUUUAACUUCUUUAUAUAAUAAAAAUAAUAGUAAUAAUAGUGAGAGUAGCUAUCAUAAUAAACAUGCAAGAACUAGCGCCAUUAAUCAGAGGUCAAACCAAGCCCGAACCGAAGAGCAACCGCACAAGACAGUGCUCCCAGCCCAAAGCUGGCCAGAACAAGCUAAUAGUGCGAAUAGUAUAGAAGCGACAAUCCCAAAAAUCAUCUUAAGCCCGUCUUUCGGCGUGUUAGUACAAAGCCUUCGUCUCUCUACAGCAGCAAGAAUACCUCAGUUCACCUUCCCAGAGCAGGGCACCCAUAAUCAUGAUGAUCGUUUUCUCAAAGGGCCCAAAUACCCUAGAGGGGUUACUAGACACUAUCGAGGUUUAGAUCCUUUAGAUCCUUUACACAUAAAUGCUAAUCCAUCUGUGGUGGCAACCCCUUGUCUUCAUUCUGUGUCAAACACGUACCAGGAGACGCAAGGAAUAACUAACGUAACAGUCGCGGUCAAAAUUAAGUCUGAAAGUCGUCAACCUUGCUUGCAUGAAGAAUGUACUAAACUUUACGAAGGAUCACAGUUCCGACCCAACAGUCCGAGGCCCUUGACAAAACACGUUCUAGCGCUCCCAUUGCGAGCCCAACCUAUGCAGCCGCCACAGUUAACAACUAUAUAA